ACACGUUUAGUAAAGGAAGUAAAUUUAUUCCGUAUAGCGAGUCUCCAUAUAGCGAGUCUCCAUAUAGCGAGUCUCCGUAUAGUAAGUCUUCGUAUAGCGAAUCAAUUUCGUAUAUUGAUGACGAAUCAGAAAAUUUGACAAUCCCAGAUUUUUCUGUUUAA